UUAUGGCAAAUUACCCAGGUCAAACAUAAACCAGUGAACUACUAAAACAUUCAGUGGCAUCUUCAUUCACACAAACACCCUGUCUAUUAUUGAGGAGAAAAAUGUUAAUCUUUAAACAUGGAGCACGAGAUGAAUUAUAAGAGCCGUCAUGUGAGGACUGCACUUUACUCCUCUGGAGAAAACAGAAGGUACAACACUCAUAUACUACAGCAUGGAGUUCAGUCGCAUCUCUCUGUUGACGUUGAUUUUCAUCUGGGAUUUCCUGUGCGUCUUCACACAUAAUGCUGCGGCACACAGCGAUAUUUAUGAGAGAACAUCUGAAGAGCUGCUGGAGACUACGAAGAGUCAAAUGAAACAUCUGCAGGUCAGAAAUGAAAACUCACUGACCAUUCAUGCAGGAGAAACACUGACGCUUCAGUGCAGAGAUUCAGGAUCUGAAGUGCUUUCUCUGUUCUGGAAAACACCUUUCGGGCAGUUAGAAGGCUGCAACCGUCAAAACAAAGACCCGGUGGAAACAUGCAAUGGCACCUUGAAGAUUUCACGAGCCACAUCCAGUCAUGAUGGACUAUAUUUCUGUAUCUGUGAGGACAAGACGAGCAAAACAAUCAUACCCUACAGAAUUAAUGUAAUAGCCUUAAAUCCCAAAAUCAAAAAACGACUAAGCACCACCAGACAGGAGGAAGUUUAUGCAGAAACAGUGUCUGAAAGCGUUUUCGUGGCUGCUGUCGCUUCAUCAGUGAUAGCGAGCUUUUUAGUCGCCUUCACACUUGGCGCCUUUAGCAGAUCUUACGUCAUAAAAUGUUUACAAACGAUUCGCGUUUGGUUACCCUUUAAAAAAGAAGACGUUAUUGAACAGAACAACUUACAAAACACCACGGCACAAUCUCAAUCAGUGUUCUUCAAGAAAAGCGACACUGACGACGAGGACACGGUCGAUAUUAGUUUUGUUGACGACGUUUUUGUUGACGAUGUUAUAGAAACUGGCGGGAAUGACGAGGGAAACCAACAGACUUGCGAAGGAGAUGAAGAAACUCGGGAGUUCAGAUCGGUGGUCAGUCCACAUCCAAAGAAGAAAUCCCGCGUCAUUAAAGUCUACAAUUAUGACGAAGAAGGGAAUCGGUUUAGUCAUAUUAAAGACUCAGAGGUGGAGGAUGAAGUAGAGGUCAGGCCGAAGCUGAGGACGAGAUCGCUGACGCGACUCGACGCCAUCAUGAAACGUGCGGAAUCUCUAGACUUCAAUACGGCCAGUGAGGAAAAUGAUGAUCAGUCGACUGAACUAGAUCAAAACAUUGACGCUACAGUCUCACAGUUUGCUACAGUCUCACAGUUUUAACCAGAGGCCAUUGAGAAAUUUGCAAGCCAGAACGACAGCAGAGCUACAUUUGUUUUCAAGUACUGGCCAGUGAUUAGGCAACAAUUCUCUGUGUGUGUUUAUUGAUUACUUCAUUACUGAUAAUAAACCCAAAUUGAACUUA